AUGGCCGCCAAAGAAUCCAUCAAGGUAACACUCCACCAGUUGGCCAAAAUGAUCGACCACUCUCUUCUCCAUCCGACCAUGACCGAUGCCGACAUCUUAAACGGCCUGAAGAUUGCACGUGAAUACAACGUUGCUACAGCUUGCGUUAAACCAUACUUGAUCCCACUCGCGAAGAAAGAGCUUGCUGGAACUGGUGUCUUGGUCUGCCCCGUUGUUGGUUUUCCUCAUGGGAAUAGCACCACUGAAAUGAAAGUUGCAGAGGCUACCGAUGCUUCCAAGGCAGGCGGCGCAGAGGUUGACAUGGUUGUCAAUAUUGGAAAGGUCCUUGGCGGCGACUGGGAGUACGUUACAAGGGAGAUUGGCCAGAUCAACGACGCCGUUACGGCCAAUGGUGCUAUCCUGAAAGUCAUUUUCGAAAAUGACUAUCUGAAACCCGAGCAUAUUGCUCGGCUAUGCGAGAUCUGUACUCAGCUUGGCGUGGCCUUUGUCAAAACAUCAACUGGGUAUGGAUUUGUGAAACAGGCGGACGGAUCCUACAAUUAUCGAGGGGCUACAGUGAAAGACUUGAAGUUGAUGCGAGAAAAGUCAGGCAGCAAAGUGCAGAUCAAGGCUGCUGGGGGUGUGAGAACAUUGGACGAUUUACUACAUGUGAUGAGCAUUGGCGUUACUCGCAUUGGGGCUACAGCUACGGUAGCCAUAUUGGAGGAUGCCAAGAAACGUGGCAUUGGCAACGAACCUGUUGAGGUUUCAUUUGAACUCAUGCCAGAAGACGGUGAUGCUGGUGGCUACUAA